GGUGGCGGAAGUCUGCGUUUACAUCAGUUAGAGAAGUGUGCAAGAGGAAAUAAUGUAUUUUGAAAUCUGAUUUUAAAAAUGGAGCAUUUCAACAGCCUGUCUGAAGCUGCUGUAUGGUUCUUCUGAACUGUCGACGCGGGAAUUAUGGAACUGCAUAUGCUAGGAUAAGAUGAGAAGCUCUUUGAAAGCUCUGCAGAUAGGAUGAGUGUGGCUGACAGCCUCUACUCCCCCGAAUCCACUGUCACAUCACUGCUGGCAAGCUCUGGAUACCUGAGGAGCUCUCUGCACACAGACGCCUCCCAUCCCUCCAUCACGUACAAAGAUAGGCGGUAUGGGUCGGCCACUGAGGCCCUGGACGCCUACAUUAAAGACUUCGAGAGGAGCCAGGGCACUGCGGAUCAAGCCAAAGAGGAACAUCAGCUGAGCAAGGACGCUGUCAGCCAUGUGUUGUCAAGACCAAGGUUCAGGAACAAGGAUGUUCUUAAAGAGAAGCUGUCAGAAAAGGAGCUGGAUUUUCUGGAUCUUCCCAUUGACAGUCGUCGCACCAGAGACCCAGACCUUCUCAGUCUCACCACAGAUGACCUCCUGGUCCUCCCCCCAGAUGGCUCACUGCCGAUUACCCGGACCUCUGUAUUUUUGUCACGAUCUGGACGACAGCAUCCAGAUGCCUUUUCCCAUUCUAGGUCCGGUGUGAGAUCCUGCGCUGACCCCAGUCACACAUCAAGGACAUCUAAUGGGGUCUUAGUGAAGGACACUUACAUGCACCAGAAGAAGGCUGUAAGAAAUCAAGAGCUUCAGGACUUUCUGUGUACACAGUCAGGUCACAGAACUACUACAUAUGAGAAACACAAACUAUUCCUCUCAACUCAUCUUAACUUGGAGAAAAGGAAACUCAACACCAACUCUGCCCAUAAUUAUCCCAGGUGGCUGACUAGCCAGAAGUCAGAAAUGGAUUUUUCGGGGAUUACUAGUGUCCCUGACAUGAAGUACCCUGCGUGGUUGAAGGACUGUGACCUUGCUUCAGACCUGAGCGGCAAUGAUGAAGCUGUGAAAGAGGUCAGGCAGAGUCUCUGUCAUACACAGAGGCCCACCACCCAGCCCAAAAUCCCAUCUUGGCUUGAAGAGUUGGAAGCUUCUUAUUAUGAACUACAGCAAAAUACAGAUGACCGUCUGAGGGCAACCAGUGAGUCUGUGCGACGAAUUGGACUACAGAAGAAUGACUGUACUGUCUUUAAGGAAGAGGCAGGUCAGAAUUCACUGCCUGAAUUGAGGGAAGCAUUUGCUGGACAUCUGGCUUCUGAAGAGACAAGAAGAAUUGCCAAUUAUGAUGAGCCCUUCAGAGAUGACAAGAUAGAGUUACUUAUCCAGAAAGCUGAGAAGGCUCUGGCAUCCCCAUCUCUGGGGCUGAGCCGUUCUGAGAAAGAACAUGGAAGCCCAGAGACUGAAGAGGUGCUGGAUGCAGAUCGUUCCUGGGAUAAUCCCCCCAUCUCUUUUAAGACUCCAGUGCCAGUAGGGGAGGCUGAAGAACUUCUAAAUCCUACUGAAACAGCAAGAAGCAAGCUCAUGGAUAACUAUAUGUCUGACUGCAGAGAGGUUACAGGUUCCUCUUCAUCAGGUUACAGCAGCAGGAAGCAUCCCGGGCCUGUAGAGGCACUGAAGCACAUGCUGUUCAGCUUGCAGGCUGUGGAGCAGCGUGUCAGCCAAGAACACACAGGCCAGCACCAACAGGACAAUUCCAAGAUUAAUUCCAAACCAACACUGGAGAAUUAUGAAACAGCUCUGGGUAGUCAGUCUUUGCAGAGGGCCUUGUACCAUUUGGGAAGACUGAAGAACCUUGUUGACGAUAUGAAGGAAAAGGAGGAAGACGACGAGCUGGUUCAGAAUGAGAAUCACUUCGACUUUGAGGAUACUAAAAAACCUUAAACACUGUCAAAGAGAAAAUAUAUUUUUCGGGAAGUUUUUUGCACUUUUUAACAAACUUUCUAUCUUUGCCACUGUAAGCUUGAUAUUCAAGAGCUAACAAUAAAACUGUAUUUUUAGUGA